AGCACACACUCGUUUUAUUUUGGAAUUAAAGUCUUCGACGGAACCACCUCCUGUGACCCUCAUCUGCUGCCGUCCUUAGGUCUAACGCAAAGGGGGGGAAAAUCGCUCCGAAUCAUAACAACAGGUCCCGUCCAUUACAUUUUUCAUCCUCUCCGGGAGCAUGACCGCGGGUCGCCCGAAUGGUUCAGCCGCUGAACACACACAGACACGGAUCCGGAUCUCCCUGGGGCUACAGCGGCGAGCCAACUCCGCUGCAGACGCUGCAGAGCAGGGGCGGCUGCAUAUUUUUAAUACGAAGCUUCCUCCAAAGCGCUUAUUAACUAUUUUUUGCUUCGGUCUAUUUUAAAGCUCGACACGCGGUGCGAUUCUUUGCACAACUUUUUUUUUUUUCUCCCCCUCCACUACUAUCAGCGAUCAUUUUACGUGCGUAAAAUUGCGCGUAAUUUGCGCGUAUAGUUGGGGCUGCGCGCGUUGCGGUUCAAAAUGAAGAUAUCACUGCAUUAUUUAUGAUCUACAUAAUUUUAUAAAUAUAUACGUCAACAUGCACGCUCUUUCAUGUAGCCGCGGAAAGAAAUAGGAGGGUUGAGGGUGUAUCCUUUCGCUUCAGUCUUUGUUUGCUGCCUCAAUAUAAAAGGACACCGAAUAUCCGGAUAAACUUUUUAAUAGUUAUAUUCUAUAAUAACCUUUGCAUAACUAUUUUUUUUUUCGCAAGCGCUGCCUCCAGCACAGCGCAUGCGCACGGGCUGCUCGCUGUCACUAAGACAUUUUUCAUCACGUUGGGAACUGUCACUGGUGACGUCAAUCACAGAGCUCUGACCAAUUAGAGCGCGGGGUGAUUGUUUGGCUCCACGGGCUGCAGCGCCUACCAUGAAUCUCUAUUCAGUAUCAAAGCGUCCUGCUGCUGCCUCUCAACCGAAUGGGAUUCCAUGUUGUCUGCAGAUAGACUUAACUUUAUAAAGUUUUUUUUUUUUCCUUUAUUUUUUUUUUCAUUGCGAUUAAAAUAUAUUUGCCAUCAUCAUUAUUAUUUUGCCUGCUGUCAAGUUAUUCUAAAAUUAGGAAGUAAUGAGCGUGGAUGCUUUGGGAAGCCCCGUGAUGGACCCUGCGUUUUCCAAACGGAACACGGCGCUGAGAUUAGUUGACUUGGCAGGGGCUCACCACCAUCACCAUCAUCACCACCAUACCCCUCAGAGCGUGACAGGCUUCCCGGGGUUCGGCAGCCAUCCACACUCAAUGGCUCACUCGCACCCUGGGGAGAUUACUGCGGAACCCCGCCUGGGGCCGAGUCCAUUCGGGCCAGAACACAUGGGGCACUCCGCGGCCCUCAAAAUCAGCCCAGCCCAUCAUUAUCCCCACCACCAUCACCACCACCACAAUCAUCAUAUGGCAGGCCACAGUGAAGUGGUCUCCAGUCAAACGGGAGCUUUUGGCCCGGUUCAGCCGACGUCGGUCCCUUAUUCUAUGCCCCAUACUGCCCAGGCUCUAUCCGCAGGUAGGGAUUUCCUCAUCCGGAGAGAUCUGACGGCUCAAGCCAUGCCGGUACUGACCGACCAGACUGCUGGUCCAGCGUCUCACCACGGAAUGUUUGUCUCAACAACAGGUAGCUAUCCCGGACACUAUGGUCACCACCCUGACGCAGGGAACCACACCACCCUCUUCUCCGGACUCCACCACGAGCAGCCUUCCAGCGGAUCACCGGGUGGCCAGUCGCUGAAUGGACAAAUAAGGUUAGGACUACCUGGAGAAAUGUACGUUCGGUCUGAUCACUUGAGUCAAGUAGCAAGCUCCAGGGCUGAUCCCUUCUCCGCCUCGCCUCUGCACGGCUACGGCGGUCUGAAUCUAAACAUGAAUCUCGGCGCUCACCACCACCACCACCACCACCCGCACCAUCCCCACCACCACCACGGAGGACCGGGGGCUUUUUUCCGCUACAUGAGGCAGCCGAUAAAGCAAGAGCUGAUUUGCAAGUGGCUGGAGCCGGAGCACUCGCCCAAGAAACUCUGCUCUAAAACUUACAGCACCAUGCACGAACUCGUCACGCAUGUGACGGUGGAGCACGUCGGAGGACCGGAGCAGGCGAACCACAUAUGCUUUUGGGAAGAGUGUCCGAGGGAAGGCAAGCCGUUUAAGGCGAAAUACAAACUGGUGAAUCACAUUCGAGUACACACCGGUGAGAAGCCGUUCCCCUGCCCCUUCCCCGGCUGCGGUAAAGUGUUUGCAAGAUCCGAGAAUCUAAAAAUCCAUAAAAGGACACACACAGGCGAGAAACCCUUUAAGUGUGAAUUCGACGGCUGCGACCGACGCUUCGCCAACAGUAGCGACAGGAAGAAGCAUUCCCACGUGCACACCAGCGACAAGCCCUACAACUGCAAAGUUCGGGGCUGCGACAAGUCCUACACGCACCCCAGCUCCCUGCGGAAGCACAUGAAGGUGCACUGCAAGUCCCCCCCGCCCAGCUCGGGCUAUGAGUCGUCCACUCCCUCUCUGGUGUCCCCGUCUUCGGACUUGGGUCGGGAGCCAGCCGGGGGACCGUCGGUGGUGUCAGAGCCGCCGGUGGGGGCAUCUCAGCAGCAGCAGCAGCAGCAGCAGCAGCAGCCAGCCAAUUUAAGCGAGUGGUACGUGUGCCACAGCUCAGGUGCUAGCGGUGGCCAGACACCACCCAGCGGCCAUUCCACGCCCGACCCUUCGGAGGAACCUGCUUACAGGAACCCCCAACCAAGGGACGCGUUUUGAAUUCCUCGCCAGCACUUAUUUCCAAACACUCAACUUCUAAAAUGGUUUGGCUUUAGUGCCUAUAUACCUGUGAGGGCCUUCUGGUCCGCUACCACCGCCCCCCACCCCCCACUACACCCCCCACCCCCAAACCCUUGUUUUGUUUUGGAUAAGCCAAAACUGGUACUCAGAGCCAAGAGACGCACUUAACUGCACUGGACGGAUAAUGCGCAAUCUUUCCAGACGUGCUUUCAAGUAACAGGAGCAUAUAUUUUAUUAUUAUUAUUAUUAUUAUUAUUAUUAUUAUUAUUAUUAUUAUUAUGAAGUUGAUCCAAAACUGAUGGAUGGGUGCUUCUCCUGCGAACUGUUCCACUUGUGGGGAGAGUCGUGUAAAUCUCAUUAGACUAUGUCGUACAUUAUUGUAGGCUGUAAGGCAUGAUGGUGUGCAACUUUUUUUCUUUUGUAACCAAAAAAAAAAAAAAAAAAAAAA